AUGGAACAGUCCACCGUACCCCGCAUCGCCGUCAGCAAAGUCGCAUCCGGUGCUGCCUUCACUACCAUGGUUGCGAGCUCAUUCUGCGUGGCAAGUAGCGGUCGCGACGACGCUAAUGCAAGAGCUCGCCCUCUCGCUCCCAACCUCCUCCCCGUCCUCCGCACCUCCUCGGCCUGUCGUGCCGCAGUGCCCGGCCCGUCGCCAGUCGACGAGCGCGACACGGACGCACGAGAACGGGGCUCUGGUGACGUCUCCGCCGAUGCAAUGCAUGCACUUAUAUAUCACCAUGCCGGGCGCCGUCGCCAUUCAUGCCCACCCUGCUUGCUUGGCCUCCCCAUUCGGCUCACGCUCCUCUCGAUCCCUUCUCGUCUCCCGGAGCCGCCUCGCGACCAGGCCGACUCCACCAUGGCCACGACGACCAGCAACGCAGCCGUCGGCUUUCCCGACCGCGCCGUGCCCAUGCGCGUCAUCGUCUGCGGCCUCCACCGGACGGGCACCAUGAGCACGCGGACGGCGCUCCGGCAGCUCGGCUUCCACGACUGCUACCACAUGGCCACGGUGCUCGAGAACAUCGACGACGACCCGCAGCAGUGGGUGCGCGCCUUCGAGGCCAAGUACGAGGGCAAGGGCUCCUUCACGAGGCAGGACUGGGAUCGGCUGAUGGGCCGGUCCCAGUCCUGCUGCGAUCUACCGAGCGCCCUCUUCAGCUGCGAGCUCGCCGAAAUGUACCCCGACGCCAAGGUCGUCAUCCUCAACCGAGAGGCGGACAAGUGGUACGAGAGCGCGCUCGCGAGCGUGGCCAUGUCGAUUCGGCCGAGCGGCAUCGUCAACAUCCUCAAGCGGCUCUACGUCGUCCUUCUCGACCCGCAGACGCGUAACUGGAUGCGUCUCAGCCGGGUCAUGACUCGGCUCGCGAUGCCCUUUGACCACGCCGCCGAGCGCGACAAGGCCAUCGCCUGGUUCAACGAGCGCUACGCCGAGUUUCGCGACAGGAUCCCCGCCGAGCGCCGCAUCGAAUACUCGGUCCAGGAUGGCUGGGCGCCGCUGUGCGCCCAUCUCGGCGUGCCCGUGCCGACGGUCAUGGACGAGACGACGGGCGAGAUGGUCGAGGCGCCAUUUCCGCGCGUCAACGACCGGGCGACGUUCCAGGCCAACGCCAAGAGGCGACGUUCGAGGGCCAUUGCGCGGGCCAACGAGAACGUCAUCAACCAGGUCGGGCGCGUGUGCGCGGCUGCCUGUGUCGGAUACGGCAUCUACCUGGCCUGGAGGAUGCGUCUUGGCGGCCGGUCGUGA